GUCUCCAAAUUAGCUGAUGUCAUGGUCAGACAUGGUGUGAAGAAAGGAGAUCGUGUGGUCAUCUAUAUGCCCAUGAUUCCACAGACAGUGUACUGUAUGCUGGCUUGUGCAAGAAUAGGAGCCAUCCAUAGCCUGAUUUUUGGUGGAUUUGCAUCAAAAGAGCUUUCUGUUCGCAUUGACCAUGCAAAGCCCAAACUUAUUGUAACAGCAAGUUUUGGAGUAGAACCGAAAAGGAAGGUGGAAUAUAUAUCCCUCCUAGAAGGAGCACUGGCAAGGGUACAGAGCAAACCUGAAAAAGUUCUCAUUUACACGCGACCUAAUUUGGGUCAUGUUCCUUUUACCCCAGGUCGUGAUCUUGACUGGGAAGAAGAGCUUGCCAAAGCACAGUGUUGUAAAUGUGUCUCUGUUCCCUCAGAUCAUCCACUUUAUAUUCUGUAUACAUCUGGAACAACAGGCUUGCCUAAGGGUGUUGUCAGGCCAACAGGUGGCUAUGCAGUUAUGCUGAACUGGACAAUGUCAGCUGUAUAUGGACUGAAACCUGGUGAGGUGUGGUGGGCAGCUUCUGAUUUAGGCUGGGUUGUUGGUCAUUCCUACAUUUGCUAUGGGCCUCUCCUUCAUGGGAAUACUACAGUUUUGUAUGAGGGGAAGCCUGUGGGAACGCCAGAUGCUGGUGCCUAUUUCCGUGUGCUAGCAGAGCAUGAAGUAGCUGCCGCCUUUACUUCACCAACUGCAAUUAGAGCAAUCCGUCAGCAGGACCCUGAGGCAGCCUUGGGAAAGCAGUACUCUUUGAAAAGGUUCAGAAUGUUAUUUGUAGCUGGUGAGCGCUGUGAUGUGGACACAUUAGAAUGGUCAAAAAAGGUCUUCAGAGUACCUGUCUUGGACCACUGGUGGCAAACAGGGGAAGCUGAUAUCCAGCAGAACAGUUCUACAGAAGUGGGAAUUACUCUGCAGAAACUUAUGCAGCAAUACAGCCCUGAAUUACAGAAUUCUCUGAGCAUAAUUUUCUGGAUAACUGAACUUAUAACAGAUAUUAAUGUAGAAGAGGAGGAGAAAAGUGGUCAUUUAUCAUGUCUCUACCUGGGGGCUUACAUUCUGUCCU